AUGGAGCCUGGCCAAGGAGGGCUGAGGCCUGCCUUCCCGCUCGCAGGAGAGCAGCAGGGGAGGAUGGAGGAAGGGAAAGCGUAUUCAGCGGAUGGGGUGUUGGCUCACCUGGAAAUGCUGGAGGCGCGGGCUCAUGAGGCAGCCGUGAAGCAAGAGGAAACGGAGCAGCAGGAAGAGAAGCUGGCCAGGCUGAAAGCGAGAGUGCAGGAGCUGAGACUCCAGAGGGACGAGCUGCGGGCUAAAGUGGAUCUGCAGCAAAAGGGGCAACUCGGACAAGAAGGAGUCGUGUCGGAUCCAGGGCAGCCCAGUGCUCAGGCUGUUUUAGAGUGGAAGAUAAAAAGCGUUAAGGCCAUGCUGCAGAUCUUUUACCUCACAGGGAUCAGUGGGAAGCUGACCAAGCACGGAGUGUGUUUCUGCAUCAGCACAGCUUACGAGGGCACCUACCUGGAUUCUUACUACCUGGACCUGCUCACCAAGCCAGAAGUGCAGAUUCACCGCCACUCCGUCCCUAUCUUCAUCCCCCUGGAGCAGAUAGCCAAGAAGUACUUACAGACGGACAUCAGGCGCUUCUUCUCUGUCCUGUCCGACCACCUGAACGCUUACGCUGGGAGGAGGUACCAGGCAGACCAGUUACAGGAACACUUUUCAGACCAGAUAGAAGGAACCUUGCAGAGGAACUCCUUGUGUAACUUGCUGGUCUUUAAUUACAACACGUCAGGUAAAAGCAAGACCUUUCCGUUCAACGCGAGGCUGCUUUACGGAGAUCUCUGUUGCAGCCUCCCCACCGAUGUCGUCGUUUCCUGGAGAUCGGAUGCUCCUGUGUCUCUGGCAGAGACGGCAACCGCUCACUCGGACCUCUUUCGCCACAUGGCCCUGCACAAAGCCUUCCGCGCCUUCAGCAGCGCUGAACGUCUCGUGGAUGGCACCCCGUAA